UAUGACAAAAAGCGAGCUGAGGGGUUAGUGGUCCCCGAAACAUGUCUCCUGUCCCCUCAGCUGUCAGGCUCAACAUGACCGGGGAUGGGAAUCUCCCUGCUGCAUAAAUCAGAGGUAACCCUCGUUGCAGCGAGUCCGGUGGAGCGUUAAAAACACACAGAGGAGAUCGGGCUCUUUAUUUAUUCACGAGAAGAUGGCGGAGUUCUCGCCCGUCCUGCCGAUGCGGGAUGGAGGAGGACGUUUGGGCCAGCCCAUCUUCCCUCGGUCCAGGUCCGGUUCCGAGUCAGAGAGCGAGUUGUCCCAGAGCUUGGCCCGGACCAAGAUCCGCUCCUACGGAAGCACAGCCAGCGUCACGGCCUCUCUGGGGGAGAAAUACAUCGAGCAUCGGGUUACAGACAGUGAUACCCUGCAAGGGAUUGCUCUCAAAUACGGUGUCACGAUGGAGCAAAUCAAGAGAGCCAACAAGCUGUUUAGCAACGACUGCAUCUUUCUAAAGAACAGCCUCAGCAUCCCCGUGGUGUCGGAGAAGCGAUACAUAUUUAACGGACUGUCUCUGGAGUCUCCUGACGGGGACGGCGAAGCAGCGUGCCAGGAGACAGAUACAACCUGUGUUAUGUUGCAGGACAUCGAGGGACCUUCGCCACCCCCUUCCCCACCCCCUGAGGACUCCAAAGCCCCCCAGCCCCAACCAGAGGAGCUCUCAGCCAAAGACUUCUUACAUAGACUGGACUUGCAAAUCAAACAGUCAAAGCAGGCAGCUCGCAGACUGAAAGAAGAGGAAGUAAGAAGCAGCGAGGAGAGCUACACGGCCCCCACGACGUCAUACCAGGAGAUCUAAAGGAGGAGUGUGUUUACCUGGAGCCCUGUCUGUCUCAGAUGCACAAACACAUACACACAAACACUCGUCACACCACAACCUCAUGCUUUAUUCUUUACCUGUUUGCUUUUACCAAACAAAUGUUGAACAAAUGUGUCAUGUUUGCCUUUUUAUUUAUUGAUAUGCAAUUAUUAUGAUGUAUAUGAUUGUUCUUGUUUUGUAACAGUUUAACUGGGAGACUUACAGUGCAGAGGAUCAUCUUAUAUCCUAGCACACGUGCCCAUCAAUUCAUCAUAUGCUUGUGAAGCUGCUGUAUAAAACCCACCUGCUGCAUAUGUACACACACACACACACACACACACACAUACACGGCAUUAAGCAAUUCCAGAAGGAUUAGCUUGUUAGCCUUGCUAACCGCUUCUGAUUUUCUAAAUCCCCUCCUAGAAUAGUAUCAAUGGAAAGUAUAUUCAGGCCUUCCUCAUCAGUGUUUACCCUGUAUGAGCACACCCCAAACAGGAGCGGUGGAUGGACUCAAGCCUUUCAAACACGUUCCGUUUGCCUCAUCGAAGCGUUUUAAGUUAGGAACAGAAGGGACUUCUCUAUUUUUGAAGUGUGAAUGCAUUAUUUAUGUGUGUGGAGAACUGUCUUCACAGCCGUUUUAUUGUGCUUCUGAAUUAUGUUGGUUUUAUUUGGGGAGAAUAAAAAUGUAUUUAA